GUUAUGCUGGACAAUUAAAAAGAAAUGAAGUUGGGGCAGAAACGUGAAACUUGGUAAAACAUUAUUAAACCACAUAAUGUAGCGAAAAGGUAUAUUGUUCUUCUAUGGCGGGUGGUGAGGUUUAUGAAGGGUUUCUCUGCUAAUACUCAGAUCCCUUUUUGUCAGCACUCUCUCUCUCUCUCUCUCUCUCUCUCUCUCUCUCUCUCUCGUUUGCAGUACAGAGUACGCCUUACUGCAGUUACCCUAAAAUCAAUCUCUUACAGAAACCCUUAAUUAUGAUCCAUUUCUGAGCCGUUACACACCAACGCUUCUGUCAAUGAUGCCGGAUCCCCAAAUCCGUACAACUACCAGAAAUCGUAAUCGUCCUCGGCGUCUCUCCGCCUGCCACCGUCACCCUAGUGAACCCGUGACGGGGUUCUGUGCAUUGUGCCUACGAGACCGUCUUGCCGGUUUAGAUUCAUCUGCUGCUGAAGCUCAAGUUGAGAAGGUAGCCGUUUGUAGCCGCCGUAGCAGAGGCCACGCGGGUGCUUCUUCGUCCACGGCUGCUCCGGGGCUGCGACGGAGCAAGUCUGUUGCUGCUGAGAAAGGCGAGAGUUUGAACGGUUUGGUUACGGAUCAACGGAGAAAGUCGUGUGAUGUAAGAGGUCGUAGUACUCUGUCGGAUCUGUUCGUCGUCGAUGAUACGAAGAAAGGAGGAGGUGGUGUUGCGAGGGUCGAAUCGAGGAAUUUAGGGUUCUCGAGCUUUGCAGAGCCGGUGUUGGAGACGAAGGAAGAUGAAGAAGACGACGACGAAGAAGAACACGAUGACGAUGACGAUGACGAUGACAAUGAAAUUAGGGUUUCUGGUGAUGUUUUUGUGCGAAAUGAAGUUGAUGAUGAUGGCGACAUUGAAGAAGGGGAUCUGAAGACGAUGAAGGAGUUCAUUGAUAUCGAAUUGCAGAACAAGAGGAGGAAUUUUUGGGAAGCAGCUUCUGUGUUCAGUCAGAAGUUACGAAAAUGGAGACAAAAACAGAAGCAAAAGAAGCAAAACAGAGACUGCAAUGGCGGAACCGACAUUGAUAGGUCGAAAUUAGGGCAAUUCAGAGAUACCCAAUCUGAGGUAGCAGACUACGGAUUGGGUCGUCGAUCUUGCGAUACAGAACCCAGGUUUUCAAUCGAUGCUCAUAGAUUGUCUGUUGAAGAUCCAAGAUUUUCCUUCGAUGAACACAGAUCCUCUUGGGAUGGAUACAUGAUCGCAAGAACAAUUCCUCGCCUUACACCAAUGCUGUCUAUUGUCGACAGCAUGAUCAUACCUCCUCCCGUAAACAGGGGCACAAUUACCACCAUGGAAAACCUGCAAAUGCAUUCCAUAAGUGAAGAUGGAGCUAGUUCUGGUCAAUCUAACUCUAAUUCAGACGCUUCUACAUCAAAUAGGGGAAGCAGUUCAAGCUCCAUGAAGAGUUUCAGCACCAAAACAACCGGAUUAGGAGGAGAUGAAGUGAAAUCCGCUUCAAAUGCCAGAGUAUCACCUGCAAAUGAUGUUAUCUUCCAAGGAACAAAGCUGGUGAUCACCGAAAACGAAUUAAAAGAUUGGCAUUUGAAAUCAACCAAGAACAGCAACAUUGCAUCUGUAUCUGUUUCAAACACACCGAUUUCAACAACAGUCAACAACUCAUCAAACAUGCAUAAAAAGGCAAUGCCAAGUAAAUGGAGAAAGGUGUGUAAUCUAUGGAGUCACAAGAAGAACUUAGAAGAAAUUCCAGAAAAUGUGAAUUCAAAUCCAAAACUUGAUCGAAACACAAAUUCUAUGAAUUCAAGAAACUUUGUGUUGGAUAGGAACAGGAGCACAAGGUAUUCAACUAGUGAUCUUGAUAAUAAUGGUUUGUUAAGGCUGUAUUUGACGCCAUUUAGGAACUCUACUAGAAGGAGUAAAUCUGGAAAAAGCAGCAGCAAGGGAAGAAACAUGUCCCCAUCAAUGGCUUCCAAUAAUUUUCAGCUGAAUUAAACUUUUAGGUACUCUUACAACUUAAGUAGAGCAUAAAUCUGUAGAGCCUAUUAAUUUUCUUGUUAUGUGCAAAAAAAAAAGUUAACUUAAUGCAUAAUGUUUACUUGUCUCGUGCUUGGUCCUCUGGUGAAAAUAAUACAAGUUUAAAUAUUUAUCUGUUAAUAAUGCCUAGAAAUAAUCCAUAAU